UGUUUGUUGUUGUUUCCGUUUGUUUUCGUCGACUAGUGGACUUUGCCUUGCAUCGCGCUUUGUUUUCAAUUGCCGGCGUUAAUUGUGAAUAAUGUUUAGAUUAAAAGUAAAUAAAAGUCGAUUUGCCGCUGCUGCGGCUGCAACGCGCCAUGCCACGACAACCACAACGCAUGGUAAUCAUUACCAAUACCUGCAAAACUCGAAGCUGCCAACGCUCUACUUUCAACGUUCUCUACCUCGGUUGCCUAUACCGCUGCUGGAAAAAACCUGCGAACGGUUUCUGGCCUCCGUGCAGCCCAUACUCAGCGCUGAAGAGCAUCGAGAGACGCAACAAGUGGUCGAGCAGUUUCGCCAGGGCAUCGGUAUGGAGCUGCAUGCGAAACUGAAGCAGAGGGAUGCAGCCAACAAGCACACCAGCUACAUCUCACAGCCCUGGUUCGACAUGUACCUAGCUGAUCGGGUACCACUGCCGCUCAACUACAAUCCGCUAUUGGUUAUGAGAGGUGACCCCCGGCCUGAAUACCAACCACAGGUGACGCGUGCCACAAAUUUGAUCAUUAGCUCUCUUCGCUUCUGGCGGUCGCUGCAAGCUAAUAUUCUUGAGCCCGAGGUUUAUCACAUGAAUGCGAAGAAGAGCGACACGGCCAGCUACCGUCGCUGGAUGGCCGUCGCUCCCAAAGCCUUUGCCACAUACGCUUCGUAUGCCUUCAAAGCCUUUCCCCUGGACAUGAGUCAAUACAGUCGUCUAUUUGGCACCAGUCGCAUACCAAAGCUGGGCAAGGAUGAGUUAGUGCAAUCGCCGCAAUCGAAGCACAUUCUUGUCAUGCGACGCGGCAACAUGUAUGCUAUGAAUGUACUCGACACCAGCGGCUACAUUGAGAGCCCCAGCGUUAUACUGGGUCGUUUAAAAUACAUUCUUGAAACGGAUUCGCAACGCGAGCCAGCCAGCGUCCCAUUAGGCGUGCUAACCACCUCGCAACGUGAUGAAUGGGCCAAGACAAGAGCACAUAUCAUAAGCAAUCCUAAGAAUGCCGAUCUUCUACAGCGCGAGGUGGACGCGGCUUUGUUCUGUUUAUGUCUGGACUCUGAAGAAGAUGGUCUCUUUAAUGAGUCUGACCCAGUGCCCAUGCUGAAACAUCAGCUCGCGGGCAAGGCAACGAAUCGGUGGUUUGACAAAUCCAUAUCACUGCUGAUUAGCGCCGACGGCGUCACGGCCAUAAAUUUUGAACACUCUUGGGGUGAUGGUGUCGCUGUGCUCCGCUACUUCAAUGAGGUCUACAGAGACAUGCUAAAUCAGCCAUUUGUUUCGGAGUCCACGCCCCAUACACCAGCUAAUGGUGAUUGUACGAAUGUCCGUCCGCUCAACUUUGAAAUCGAUAACGGAACUCAAGCAGCAGUGGAAGCAGCUUAUGUCCAAAACGCAAGCAUCGUUGAUAGUUUGGACAUGAAUUAUUUGCAAUACAAAUUACUUAAUAAAGGCACGUGCAAGCGACACGGUCUGAGUCCCGAUUCCAUAAUACAGCUUGCUUUUCAACUGGCCUAUCGUCAAGCAUUUGAACGUUAUGUGGGAACCUACGAAUCCUGCAGCACAUCAGCCUUUCGCCAUGGCCGCACCGAGACAAUGCGGCCCUGCACAAUGGCUACCAAAGCAUUUUGUGAGGCUGUACUGCAGCCAACGCAAAAGCAGCCCAGCGCCGGGGAGCUGCGCGCCAUGAUUGAUAGAUGCAGUAGCGUGCAUGGCCAACUUACGAAGGAAGCGGCAAUGGGUCAGGGCUUUGAUCGUCAUUUGUUUGCUUUAAGGCACACAGCACAGCUGGAGGGGCUGUCGCAGCCGGCGCUAUUUGAGACUGAAGCUUAUAAACGCAUCAACAAUAACAUAAUUAGCACCUCCACGCUGGGCACUGAUACCGUUGUAGCCGGUUCAUUCGGUCCAGUUGUCAAGGAUGGCUUGGGCGUUGGAUACUCCAUUCAAAACGAUUUUGCUGGCGCAAUUGUAACCUCGUAUAAGAAUCAGGCUGAAGGCAAGAAAUUUAUAGAUAGUCUGGAAUCAGCAUUCGAUCAAAUAUGUGCUAUCAUUGAGCGCAGUAGCUUGUCUGCCAAAGCCGAGCUAAAGAAUUAAAAACUAAAGAAUAUAAAAGAUGCUAGAUGUGAGUCCUGAAAGCCAAUUCAAAAAGGAAUGUUUAUUGAUAUUUAGAUGGUUGCUAAAAAAGGUUUAAUUUGUAUUUUUAUAGUGUCAACAAGGUUUUUGGUUUGCAAUACCUUAUUCCAAGCUAAACAAUUUCAUUGGUUAAAGCAAAAAGAGCAUGUAAAUUUGCAUUUGAGUAUAAACAUUUUUUAUGUACGUAGAUUAAUUUAAUUUAUU